GUUAGCAAAUCUAUGAAUAAAUAAAUUCAGAAUUAAAUUUAUGAAAUUUUUUUGUUAGAAUGUUUGAGGCAAACAGAAGAUGCAUGGAAUCCCCCCUGAACAUGGAGACAGUACAGUUACAUGCAUUAUCAAAGCUGGAUUAUUAGGUGCUACAUUUAAACUCAACCAUAAAUAUUUGCUUAUUUUUAAGUUACAAAGCUGUCAAACCAUGAUGAGUAAAAAAGAUGCAAGGAAAUUUGUUUACAGCCUUCCAGAUUCAGCAAAUAAUGCUAGAGAAUUAGUUAAUGCAAGAUCUAAUGAUGGAAAUGUACCAGGUUCCAUGGCUAGGAGAAUGUCAGAAAGCCUCAUCAUUAGUGUGUUACAGGGAAAAGGAAGCCACUUUCUGAUCACAGAUCCACAACAGAAAUGGAAGAUUCUGCAUGCAAGUGACGGAAGAUACAAAAAAUCCCAUGGACAUCAUGUGAAAUGA